CGCCGCCACCGCCGCUCAUCACUCCUCUCCGACCGUCAGUGUCUUCCCUCGCGCGCUCGGAUGGAGGCGCGUCGGGCUGCAGAGCGCGGCUCCGGUGCGGGAGCUUAGUGAGCGCGGGGUGCGGGAGGGACGGGAGUGGAUUAGUGCGCGCGGGAUCUGGCGGGAAGGAUGCCUGAGCGAGGAUGUGCUCCAGCCGCAAGAUCAUCUGGAGUCUGCUGCUGCUCUCCGUGCUGGAGAUGGGGCUCGGCGUGUCCAGCAUCGCGCUCGGCGCGGUGGGGAUCAGCAGGGUGCGCGCGGGACACAAGACGCAGCAGGGCGACGCGUCCCCGGUGUGGAGCGGGGUGUGUUUCCUCGUCUGUGGACUCUGUGGGAUGCUGUGUGCGAAAAAAAGGACUGGCCUGGUUAUGAUCCUGUUCUCGGCCUGCUGCAUCUGCGGCCUGAUCGGAGGCAUCCUGAACUUCCAGUUUGUGCGGGCGCUGGUGAAGCGUCCGGACACGCUGCACCUGGCCGCCAUGUCCCUGGCCUGCCUGGGCAUCAGCAGCUGCACGCUGUCCACCUGGCUGACCUGCAGGCUGGCCAGCAGCGAGCAGCAGCGCAUGUUCCUGGAGCGAGAGCACUCGCUGCACCACUCGCACGAGAUGGCCGAGAAGGAGAUGCUCGAUAACUCCAGUAACGGCAUUCCUCAGAUCGCGUACAACGGACGCAGCGCAUCGCCGUGACAGUCGGGGGUCUUCGCAGUUUUGAUCUGGUUUCAGGACCGUCUCUGUGCGCUAAGUGGUGCUGACGCUCCGGGGCUGAGGGCUGUCAGUAGGAUGCUUUGCAGCUCUCCCCGAAGACUACAGACUCUGGGUCAGGUAACACUACUGUGGCAAAAAGAGAUCGCCUCUCCUGGACUGACAGCCAAUCAGCAUUCAGUUACCCGAUGACCUGAGGGGAGGUCAUUACGAAGUGUAGCAUAUUGAUGACAUGCAUAGAGCAUCGUACCAAAAUGAGCACAAAAUGAGCAUGCAUAAUCCUUUACUUUCUCUUUAUCUCUCUCUCUCUCUCGCUCCUGCGCUCCCUCCUCCUCCUCCUUACUGCAUUCAUCCUGCAUCUCUCCAUUAAUCCCUGGUGAGAGGUUUUUGGAAUGUCGAUGCUGAAAUUGUAAUGCUGAAAUGUUAUGGCAUAUUGAAUGCUCUGACCUCAAACAUACAAAAUGCACAAUGUAAAAUGCUUAUAUAAGGGAUAAAUUGUUGAUUUACAGUAUUUUUAUAUAGAGGCUUCAUAUGAAAACGAAAUAAAAAUGACUGAAACAGA